AUGGAUCCCAAUGCAUGCAAAAAACCAGCGAAAGUGUUCCCCUCGAAGAGUGUAAUCUCUAGACGGCCCUGCUCAGAGCAGCUUUCGCAACUGAGAAAACGCACCCAACCUUCUCUCAAUCCGAGGCCAAUUGAAGAUGUCAUAGAAGAGGCCCAGGAUGUAUUUUCCUUCGGGUUCAACGUUGGCCACCCUCGCUUCUUCUCAUGUGUUCCCUCACCAGCGUCCAAAGUCUCCUGUCUUGGAGAUGCAAUGACAUCUCUAUUCAACCCAUUCGGGGGAAGUUUGGAGGCUGGAACGGGUGUCUGUACUGUGGAACAAUCGUUGAUAGAGUGGAUUGCGCAGCUAUUUGGUCUUCCAGCUUCCGCCGGUGGACACUUUGUCUCCGGGUCAUCAAUGGCAACCCUCACGGCCACAAUUGUAGCACGAGACCAUAUACUUGGGGAGUGCCAGGCAGAGCGUUCUAAGGGAGUUGCAUACAUCUCCGACCAAACUCACUUCUCCGUUCCCAAAGCGUUGCGAAUCAUUGGGAUCCCGCCAGAAAAUAUCCGUGUGAUCCCAUCCGAAGCGAAGUUCCGAAUGAACUCCUAUAAGCUUGGUCAGAAAAUCCUCGAGGAUAAACAGGAAGGGAAAAUACCGUUCCUCGUGGUUGGAACAUGUGGCACAACGGGGAGUGGCGCCAUCGACCCCUUACAUGAGAUUGGGGAGAUCACUCGCCUACACAACAUCUGGUUUCAUGUUGACGCAGCAUAUGGUGGAUCCGUCGCUUUCUCAUCCACCCAUCGGUCGCUUGUAAGUGGGUUGAGUAACGCAGAUAGUAUAGCCUGGGAUGCGCACAAAUGGCUCUUUCAGACACAUGGAUGUGGCGCUGUGAUCUUUCGCGACGUGACAACCGCACUAACAAGUUUUUCAACACCGACGACACAUUUCCUGGUGGAUAUCGACAAGGCAGAUAGCUCACCGGAGGUGUGGAAUUUUGGAAUCGAGUUGACCCGACCAGCACGACAUAUGAGGUUAUGGUUUUCACUGCAGGUCUUGGGAAUGAAACGCAUUGACCAGAUGAUUUCUCGCGGGUUCCAUCUAUCACAGCUGGUUGAGAGAGAAAUCCGCAAGCUUCAUGGGUGGGAAAUCAUAUCGCCUUCCACCAUGGGUAUUGUCAAUUUCCGAUUCAUGCCGGAAGGCAAACCAGAUACAUACUUGGAUAUUGUCAACAGCCGAAUAUCGAAAGAUCUGACCGAUAAAAAUAUUGCCCUCAUUCUUACCAGUAGGUUAACUGGUGUGAUAUGUUUGCGAAUGUGCACGAUCAACCCGGAAACAACAGAUGAGGAUAUCAAGGAUGUUGUUCAUGCUUUAGAUGAAUCGGCACAGCUUCAUUCCCCAACAAGUGGACAGAUACGGUCCAAGCUAUGA